AUGAAAGAAGAUAAUAAUAAACAAUCAUUUGAAGAUGGUGAAAAAUACGAUCUAUUGAUCCAAACUUUGAAAGAACCUUUUCUGGAUUCACUAUAUAAUAUAAAUGAUGCUUUUGAAUCUUUAUUUGAUAAAAAAGAAAAAUAUAAAAACAAAGUAUCCUGUUUAAUACAAGAACUGCUUUUAAGUUACAUACAAAAAUUUCCUUAUACUGCUAAAAUUUAUAAAGAUAAUGAACAUGAUCAAUAUUUUAUUGAUAAAUCAAAUAAACAAUUUCAUUUAAUAUAUGAAAUUGAAGAUGUAAAUGAAUUUGUUAAUAAUAUAAUCAAGAAAAAUUAUCUUUACAAAACAAUAAAAGAAAUAUUCAAUCAAGAAGAUGAUGUAAUAACUUUUAGUAAAAUAGUUGAACCAAAUGAUAAUGAACGAAUUUUUUUUAAAAAAAUUAGACCACUAGUAAAAAAUCAAGAAUAUCUAAACAAAAUUGAUAAAAUCUUAGGAAAAGAUGAUUUUGAUGAUGUUACAGAUAAUAAAAAACAAAAAAAAACCUCUAGAAGAAUGAAAAAAAUAAGAGAAGAUAUUAAUAUGAUAAUUCCCAAAACAUGA